UGUAAUUUGACAUAAUUAUAAAGUUUGAAAAUUUGUUUAGUUAGGUAAUUACAGAGUAAUUAUGUAAGGUAGUCAUGUUAAAAUUUGCAACUUCUAACUCAAAGAUACACAAUUAAUACACAAUAGACAAAUAAUGGUAAUUUUGCAAACGAAUCAUUCAAAAAUAUAUUAUGUUAAUUGAUAACUAAAGAAAAUAUGGUAUUUCAGCAAAAAAAAAAAAAAUAUAUAAGGUAAAUAAAGUAAUUUACACCAAUUUAAAUGAGGCGGGAAAAAUAGUUGGUUUAGAGAUGACAAAAAAUACAUAUAAUAUAGCAACUAACUUUCAAAAAAUAGAAAAUCCUAAAAACCUUCCCAUCCACACCUCUUUUUAUCAAAAUAGGCCAAAAUUAACAAUAACGUACAAAGUAACAAAACUUCAUUGAUCAAAAAUAAGAAACCCUCUCUUUUCUUCCUUUCCUAUUUAUCCUACACCCUCCAUUUCUGUUGAAAGUGGCCUAAAAUCCUAAGGCAGAGAGAAACCACCCUUUCUCUGCCUUAGCAUUAUCUUUUGCUUGUUUGGUGGCUUUUCCAUCCAUAUGGCAUUUCAAGAUUUCGACGAAAUCACCGAACGGCGAAGAGCCGCCAGGGAACAAAGGUUCCGAAAAAGGGUCAUCACCGGUGUAGUUACCAGCUUCAUACUCUUGGCUAUAAUUGCAGCCGCAGCUGCAGCCUUUGUGGUCUACUCUCGAGCCGAGCAUGGUAGCUCCAACCGCGCCACGUCUAACUCUGCUUCCGGCUCCCCUAAAGAAAACAAGCCGGAGCCAACUGUGUCGGAAGCCGAACACAAAGUAGUGAAACUCAUUUGCAACGCCACUGACUAUAAGGAUAAAUGUGAGAAUGCUCUAAUUCAGGGGAUGAAGAAUUAUUCCACCACCUUGUCUCAUCAUCGAACCGAAGGUUAUCUCAAUACCGCGAUUUUGUCAGCGAAAAAUGAGCUUCGACAGGCUUUCAAUAAAACUAAAUCCUUCAAAUUCAAUAACCCAGAUGAGGAAAAGGCGUUUGAAGAUUGCAAAGUUCUUAUGGAUGAUGCCAUGGAAGAGCUUGAGGCUUCAAUGUCUACUGUUAAGGAAAAUGGUACAUUUACCAAUAAAACACCCCAGUUGAAGAGUUGGUUAAGCGCCGUUAUAUCUUACCAACAGACUUGCAUCGAUGGAUUCCCUGAAGGGAAGACCAAGACUGAUAUGAAAAAGCUUUUCGAGGCUUCUAAGGAGUUUACAAGCAAUUCUCUUGCCCUGAUUUCAGAGGUGACUUCGCUUCUAUCGACGUUUCAGGCUGUUGGAACAGCCCGUAAUCUUAAAGAAACAGAACAGAACUCGCUAGUUUCUUUGGACAAGGAUGGAUUUCCCAACUGGAUUGGUCACGAGGAUCGGAGGAUUUUGAAGGUGAAGGGUGAUAUGCCUACCCCAAAUGUGACUGUGUCGAAAAAUGGGACGGGAGACUUUAAAACCAUCAAUGACGCUUUGGCAGCCAUUCCUUCUAAAUACGAAGGAAGGUAUGUCAUAUAUGUUCAAGAAGGAAUUUACGAUGAGACAGUGAUUAUCACCAAGAAGAUGGUAAACGUUACAAUGUAUGGUGAUGGAUCACAAAAGAGCAUCAUCACUGGGAGAAAAAAUUUUGUAGAUGGAGUUAGGACAUUCCAAACAGCUACAUUUGUUGUUUUAGGAGAAGGUUUCAUGGGAAAAGCAAUGGGGUUCAGAAACACAGCAGGACCAGAAAAACAUCAGGCAGUGGCAGCUCGAGUCCAAGCCGACCGUGCCAUCUUCGCCAACUGUCGUUUCGAAGGGUACCAAGACACAUUAUACACACAAGCUCAUCGCCAAUUCUACAGGAGCUGCGUGGUUGCCGGCACAAUUGAUUUCAUCUUCGGGGACGCGGCGGUGGUCUUCCAGAACUGCAUGUUGGUCGUGCGUUUGCCUAUGGCUAACCAGAAGAACAUUGUCACUGCCCAAGGCAGAGUUGACAAGCAACAAACUACAGGAAUAGUCAUCCAUAACUGUCGCAUUAUGGCAGACAAGAAGCUUGAGCCAGAGAAAGCAAAGGUUAAAACUUACCUUGGGAGGCCAUGGAAGGAGUACUCUAGAACCGUUGUAAUGGAGUCUACCAUUGAAGAUUUGAUUCAUCCAGAUGGGUGGUUGCCGUGGGAAGGUGAAUUUGCUCUCAAAACUCUGUAUUAUGCAGAGUAUAACAACAAAGGGCCUGGGGCAAAGGUUACUAACAGAGUCAAUUGGGCUGGUUACAAUGUCAUUGAUAAGAUAGAGGCUCAAAAGUUUACAGUAGAGAAUUUCUUGCAAGGGAAUGAUUGGCUCAAUAUUAAAGGAAUCCCUGUUCGUUACACUCUUUACACUUAAAUUAAUAAUAAUUAAGCUUUCUAAUUUUUUUUUUUCAUUUUUCUUUUUCCUUUUUUUUAAUGGAUUUUGGUCAUAAUCCAUUCUUAUAAUGUCAGUUUUAGUGUGGGAUUUCUGUUCAUAUUUUAAGUUUUUGUUGAAAAUAGAUUUUGUUUCACUCAAUAUUGUCUUGUCCUACGCUUUAAAAAAAUUAUGUUAUACUAUCUCAAAAUUAAUUGAUAAUAAUAAAUGUUGUAAUUUUAUAUUCUUAAUAA